GCACUUGACACCUGUUAGCUCUUGUUGCGCGCGAUUAUGAUGCGUGCCAUUGUUGUGACUCGCGCGCUACGUGGACCACCUCAAAACUCUGACGCCAGGUCGUCAUGGAAACUGCUUUAAGCUCGGGGCUCCGAGAGAGCAGAAGGUGUGGGGUAUCGCAGAGUUUCAGAACCACGGUCUUCCUGGACAGCGCUCGCGCUCCUGAGACCUGCAGCACUCCCCAGCUCUGGAGUUCAGCCUAAUGAUCCCUAAACGAGCAGAUCCCUGUCGGAUUAACCCUGGACACCAGCACUGACGCCUCUGCUCAUCCAGCGAUUUUGUGAACAUAAUAGAGAUGGAAGAUGACCGCCGGUUUCACAAACUGACAAAAGAACAAGUGGAGACUUUGGACCAAGUUCUUACAGAGGUCAUUCCCAUUCAUGGUAGGGGUAAUUUUCCAACCCUUGAAAUCAAGCCUAAAGACAUAAUACAUGUGGUCAGAGAUAGACUGAUUUGGAAGAAAAUCAAGGUGAGAGAUGUCCGUCUCAAUGGCUCUACAGCCAGUCAUGUGCUGGUCAAAGAGAAUGGCACCAGCUACAAAGACUUGGAUAUCAUCUUUGGUGUGGAGCUUCCCAAACCAGAGGACUUCCAUAUUAUCAAGGAAGUGGUCUUGGGCAGUCUGCUGGACUUUCUACCUAAAGGUGUCAACAAAGAUAAGAUUACAGCUCUCACCAUGAAAGAGGCGUAUGUACAAAAAAUGGUGAAGGUGUUCACUGAGCAUGACCGCUGGAGCCUUAUCUCCCUUUCAAAUAAUAGUGGUAAGAACGUGGAACUCAAGUUUGUCAACUCUUUACGACGCCAGUUUGAAUUCAGUGUGGAUUCCUUUCAGAUCAUCCUGGACAGUAUACUUCAAUCUUAUUUGGAUGCUGAAAGGAGGAAGAUUGUGGUAGGGCAAGAGGACCAGGACUCUUCACUAGCUCAAAGUCAAGGAAUUCCGACAGCCCUAAUGGAUGAACCACUCCUCAGCUCAAGUGACACAGGGAAUCACCAGGAAAGUGACAUCGACAUGUCCUGCAAAACUGAUGAUAUUCAGACUUUGUGUGACUCUCAGUGUAAUUCUAAAAUGAGUAAGAAAGAGCCGUCUAAAUACUUAGAAAGAGAACCAACUCUUGAAACAGACAAAGAUGUUGAAACAAAAAUGGUUCAAACAACAACUUUGUCUGUAUCUAUGGAAAAAGUAUCUGAGCACUCUGUAAUGGUGCAUGUGGAGGAAAAGAAUGAACUUCAUGAAAAUAUGUCUUUGCAAACGGAAACACUGCUCGAAGUAAAUACAAAUAAAACUGGUAUUGACUCAGGGGAGGGAAAUGAACUAGUUGGAGUAAAAACUAUGUCUGUUAAGGAAACAGAUCCCACUGUUAAAACAUUUAUUAAUGAAACAGCUUCUGAUAAAACAGAAUACAUGUUAAAUGUAGGGCCAGUUAAAUCCCAACCAUGUCUUGAAAUGGUGCAUACAGACUUCUCUUGUCUUUCAACAACAGGGACCUUCGGUGAGCGAUGCACAUUCCAACCUGCUCCCAUUACAUUUAUUACACAAUCAGCACUAGAAUCAUAUGCAGAAUAUCCUUUACCACCCCCUGCCAAGAAAAACAGCCAAAAUUCACAAAUGGUUGUUCUCAAGCAUUCCUCACCGAAACCUCCUCGGAAAAUGUCCAAAAAGACAACUCUUGUACCAUAUUCAACAGAAAAAUCAGUGUCAGAUAAUUCAGAUGUUAAUAUUUGUCAGGUUUUGCAUCCACCUAAAGCUUACACAAAAGAAUCAUUACCUAUUCAGGUUAAAAUGUCAGGUCUUACCACAAAAAGCUUUGAAUUAUCCAGUGCCUCAGAAAAUGACUCUAAAGAGUCUAAAGAACUAGCCAAUUGUACUGGAGCUUUUACUGUUGCUGCUCCAGAGAAUGGUAUGCAUUCAGAAAAGACAUUGUACAUGAGUCUAUCACCAGAGGAAAGCCUUCAAAGUCGAGUGCAAACUUCAGAACCAGAAACUGGUGAAGCUACUCACGUCACUAUUCUAAUUCCUACAUCCAUUCCCAGUUGUCUCCCCAAAGAUCAAAACAGGAUAAACCAGGCUUUUAAUGAAAGAGUUCAGACAGCACAGUGUCAGGCAAUGGUACCUCUUAUUAAUGUGAAUUCUGAGCCUUUACUUCAGGCAAAUGACAGUUAUGACCUCAACUUAGCCUCUCCCAAAGAUAAAGAUACUGAGUUUUGUGCUCAAGUUGAUGAUGCCACAUCACCAAAAUAUCUUACUGAAUCCUCAGAAUCAGUCGCUAUGGCAACAAAUUGUCCAUCUCAAAUGUUGAAUUCACUGUCUGAAGACCUUACUAUUGAUUCACAAGUAGUAGGGACUAAUUCUUCAGACUCUGAACAUGUUAUAUCACUUCAAGUUCACAACUACCCCAUGUCCACUCUGCAGACUCAGGAACUUCUUUUGCCAAGUCCACAGACUAAAGAACCUCCAGAACUAUUAUCACUUGUCUCUUUACCAGAAGUUCAAAGCCUCACAGUAUCAGUACCACAUUUGUCAAAGCCACUAGAACCUUCCAUAUCCUCAACAGCAAGUCUAGAAUCUCCUAGAUUCUCAGAACCCCUUUUAGAAUCAUCAGUUAUAUCCCUGGAUGUCAUAGAACCCUCUGAAGUAUUAUUUAAAGUUACAGAACCAUCUGAAUCACAGGUGUUAAAACCCUCUGCAGUAUCAGUGUCACACACAUUAGAAGCAUCUAUGUCAUCAGUAAGUGAGGAGGUGGUUUUCAAGAUAUUAGCUUCAGAAAUGAACGAGCCCAUAAACCCUUCAAAACAGAUGCCUUGCAUUACAGUGUUGGCUGAGAGCAUGUAUGGUGACUUUGAGCAGGCUAUGGACCACCUACGCUACCGGCUAAUAGCGACACGCAACCCUGAAGAGAUCAGGGGUGGAGGCCUGCUCAAGUACAGUAAUCUGCUUGUCCGGGACUUCAAACCUGCCUGUGAAACAGAAAUUAAGACACUUGAGCGCUACAUGUGUUCAAGGUUUUUUAUUGACUUCCCUGAUGUGAAUGAGCAGCAGCGCAAGAUUGAAUCAUACCUGCGAAACCACUUUAUUGGAGAGGAGAAAAGUAAAUAUGAUUACUUGAUGACCCUUCGGAGAGUGGUCAAUGAGAGCACUGUGUGCUUGAUGGGGCAUGAACGCCGUCAGACUCUCAAUAUGAUUACCAUUCUAGCACUUAAAGUCCUGGGUGAACAGAACAUCAUUCCCAAUGCCAAUAACGUUACCUGCUACUACCAACCUGCACCAUACAUGACAGACCACAACUUCAGUAACUAUUACAUUUCAAACGGCCAGUCCCCACUGAUAUAUCACCCCUAUCCACUACACAUACACAUGCAGUCUGGAUUAGUUUAGGUCUAAGUAUGUAACAUUGAUAGUAAAUUGCACAGGGAAAUCUCUGAAUCUUGCAACCAAAUAAAAUAAAUAUCCACCACAACAAAUGAUCUACCCUUGAGCAUGUGUCCCAACAUUUAACUGAAGUUAAUAAAUAAAUAAAUAAAAAACCUUAAGAACCAGCUGAGUGUUGGACAACAGUGUUUGUCAAUUAAGAUCCUGAUCUAUCAGUCAGAAUUACACAUACAAACACUGGAUUCAUUGCACUAGCAAUGUGAAGGUUAAAACAAAUGUUACAUGCAUUUAAUUUUAAAAGACAAUGACAAGAUAAUUGGUUUAAAAACAGGAAGACGGAAAAAGAUUUCAAUAAAUAGUUACUUUGAAAAAUACAUUCGGAGGAAAAAACUUUGCUAGGCCAGUUCUUGUCUUAUCAGAGGUAGCUGAAAAGUCCUGUUGUAACAAAGAAAGAAACAAAACAUAAUACACUAUCAAAUGCUUUUGAUAGAAAAAAUUGGCAUGACAAAAAGUGCAAGAGAAAUAAUCAGCAUGUAGCCAAUGCUUUAUUAAAUAGUAAAGUACUUUUGUUGUCUGAAACAGUUAAACUGAUUGUUCCCGCCUUGUUAUGCUCUAAGAAUGUUCAGUAAGGU